UCAUCAAACAUUAUAUCGAUUAGUAAAUUUUUAUCCACACUUAAUUAAUUAAUAAACGAAACAUAGAUAUUUUAUUUAAAUUUAUUCUACAAAGAUACGACAAAAAAAAAAUUUUUAAUAAUGAAAGGCAAAAUAAACAUUUAAAAUAAGUUGCUAACUUUAAUUGUAUCAAUAUUUGAAAUAUUUUUUUUUCUUUGAAAUGAAGCAUAGCUAAAUAUAUAGAAGGCUAGACAGAGACAAGGUUACUCCAGGUGUGCUCCAGGUGUACAUUUUUAAUUCUCAUCUUGAAAUUGUUAUAUUUAAAUUAAUAAAUAUUUUUAAUUACAUUUUAUUAUGGGAUUUUGAAUGUAAUAUAAUUAUAAAUUCAACAUUUAUUUUAAAAGUAGUGGAGAUAAAUGAUAUUCGAAAUAAUUUACUCAUGCCCAUUGACUAGAGUGUAACAAAAAAAUUGCAUGUUUUUUUAAUUUUUGAAAAAUUUACGGGAUGUAAUUGUUGAUAUAUCCAAAAAAUGUAUUUGCAGCUUUACAAAAUAAUUUUUCUGUAAAAAGAAGAGUCCAAAUAUCGAUUUCCUCAGCUAUGUUUCUACAGAUGCAUAUUUUUUAUGUAUAUCCAUUUAUGCAAAAGUAUGUGUAAGCCAUUGUUGAGUUUACCGGCUUAGCGACAGUUCCGAUCUAGUAGAGGAUAGUGAGGGAAAAGUGGAGUCACAUAUCUAUAUAUUUUUAGAGUUUAGAUUAUUAUGGCUUCUUCCGCAGAUAUUGCAACAGCAAGAUUGCGAGCAUAUUUGAAUUUGCCAUUGAUAGAACGUUGUAAAGAAUUAGCAGUAUUUAUAGUCGAAUCUAGCACAACGGAACUACAGCAUGUUUUUCCAAUUCUUAUAGAUUCUAUUUUUGGUGUAACAACUAAUGUAGGAUGGGGCUUACACAACAUUAAUUUAAAAAAACAUCCUUAUGAACAUGAAACACUAUGCAAUUUUUUUGGUCCUCAAGGACCUAUAUUUACUUUAUGUUAUAAACUUUUGCCUGAUUGUUAUCUGAAAUAUAAUUUUCCUAUUUCAUUUCUUCCUACAAAAAUAAAGCUAUUAGUAGAAGAAGGUAUCAUCCCACCUUUUUACCAGGAUAAAUUAAAAGAUGACCAUAAUACAAGAUGUCCUACUGCUUUAUUAUUGAAUCCUUUUGAAUACUAUAUAUUUCACUUUGCUUAUCAUUUAACAAAUCCAUGGCUACAACUUCAUUUAAAUGAUGAUGUUUGGACGAAUUGGGAAACUGCUUACGUUCAGCUAGCUCAUUUAUAUUUAUAUCAUUUUUUACCACGAGAUAAUUCUCCGGUAUUACCUAUAAUUGGACCAUAUGUAAGAACAACACCGCCAAGAAAAUUAAUGCAGUCACCUGAUUUAAAAAGACUGCAAACUCCACGACUUUUGAGAACUUCUAUACUAUCUCCAGUUUCGUCUCCACCGUCGGGAGUUCCUCAACAACAGUGUUUACCUCAAGUGUGGCGUAGUGAAACUGUUGUCCAAGUAUUUUUAGAUUUUUGGCUUGAAUAUACAGAAGAAGAUAAGUUAAUUUCAUCGUUGAAUCCUUCUUUAUCUUCUUCACUACCACGAAGAAAUAGUAUUCAUUCUGGGGAGCAUAUUCGAUUGGUUCGUGCUUUUAUAAAAACGUUACAUGAAUUUGCAAAUAGUGCAACGGGUAAUAAAAGUGCGAUGGAUGAAUUAAAAAGAAUAAUACUUCCGUCAAUACAAGGAAAAAUUUACACCUUUCUACGACAAGCUAUUUAUCAUUGGCCACUAGAUAGUUCAUUUAGACUCAUUCUUGAAGCUUGGUUAAGUUUUAUUCAACCCUGGAGAUAUAUUCCAGACUUUGGAAUCACGAAGGGUACAAAAUGUAGUGAAGAAGAAAAAGGAAAAAUUUCUGAUCCAUCAUACUGGAUGCCAUUUGUGGCUAAUAAUUUGUUAGCUUAUACUGCAAUUUUUCAGCAGCUAUUACCAAGAUUCAUGCGAACUGAUCUGGUAGCACCAAAAAAUGCUUUGAUGCUCUUUAGAGUUACUAAAGUAUUUUCUCAGCCACAUUUAGCGGUUAUGUUGGCUGAAGCUGAAAGUUGUAUAAGUGAUACAAGUUUAACUCGAAGCAAAAUAUCAACAAGUCAAUGGAAUAAUAUUAUUAGACAACAAAUUGUUGAACUUGAAGGUUCGACGUACCAAUAUAUUCCAAUGUUCUCCGCAACAACAUCGAGUCAGAUUAUAAAACUUCUGAUAACAAUAAAACAAGCUUAUCUUACUUCAGUCAGUAUAGUCGAAGCUUUGGAAAAAAGACGCACAGAAAGAAAAUUUUUUAAGUCUUUAUGGGAAUUUUUUAAUGGUGAUGAAUGUACUGACGAUGAUAUUGGGUUAAUUGAAAGAAAAAGAGUACCUGGAUUAUUAGCUAAUGCUCAGCAACAAUUAGUUGAUAUAUUUGAACUUGGUGACAUUCCUGAAGCUUUUAUCGCUGCUGACAAAGAGUAUCAUGACAGUAUUUUAUCCACAUCUUUCUGUCAUCAAUCACACAUGAAUUCCAGUAUGGAUUCUAGUCGACCGGGUGAAUUUGUAUUAAUUCGAAACGCACAUCAAAAUUGUAAAUGUAUGGAUUAUAUGGGAGAUCCAGAAUUAAAACCUGUAUCUUCAAAUGAAUCUGCAUUCCUAGUACGCUUAUUGUAUAGGUUUUGUGAAGUUAUUAAUCAUAAGUAUGAAACAAAGAUCAUAUCAAUGUAUAAUAGGAAUGAUUUUAUUGGAAGAAUUGCCAGAAAAAUUCUUCAACCACCAACAACGGUUAUUCAACUACCAAAACGUACACAAUCAGGUUUUUUACCAAGAGAAGAACGAUGUCUUCCGCCACGAUUGUCUCUAAGAAUUCUCGCAAGACAUAACUUUAUUGUACUUAUGCUUCUUGGAGCUUUUAUAUUUUGUCUUAUGGGUUAUAGUGUACCCUUUUUUAUAUGUUUUUCUUGGUUUCUUUGGAUAGUUUACAUUCUUAUUGGAGCUGCUUGUGAACCAUGGGUUUCCAGAUUUCAUGUUGAUAGUUUCAGAUCCAACAAUCAACUUUUUCAAUAAACUAAUAAUAAUAAUUAACUCAAAUUCUAUGGUGUGAUUCCAUAUUAAAUACCUUGUAAUUUUUUUACAUUCGAGACAAAUAAAUGAAGUCAUAAAAAAAAAAUAUAAAAUAUGAUUUUUUAUAAUUAUGAAGACUAGAGGGGAUUGAUGCUUCCAAUAUUAUAUUUUACAUUUUUUUUUCUACGUAACACUUCAACAAAAAUAUUAGUAAAAAAAAAAAUGUUUUUCAAUGUCACAUUACAAUGCAAGAUAAACUAUUAAUUAGUUAACUAUCUAAAAUUUAAGUAAGAAGUUUAAAUUUUGAAAUAUGUUUUAUUUAAAUAGAUACUGAAAAAUUUUUUUUGUAUGAUAAAAAAAAAGCACCAAUAUAAAAUAGAUCAA